AUGGCAUCUUCUGUAACCACAGUUGAAGGUCUCUUGGGUUACGAUCUUUUUUGCCAUUUUGAUGGUACUAUCGUUCCUCCUCCCAAAUUUGCAAUUGUUGACGAGGAAGGAGGGACCUUUGAAAUUACCGUUGUCUACAAGAAUUGGAUUCACACUAACAAGGAUUUUCUUAACUUGAUGAUCGCCACUUUAUCUGAUGAAGUUCUCGAAUAUGUCAUUGGAGGCAAGACUGCUCAUAAGGCUUGGCUUCAUCUUUUCGAUCACUAUGCGUCAGUUUCUCAUGCGAGAAUCAAUCACUUGAAAACCGAGUUGCAGACCACUCAAAAGGGAGUUGAUACAAUAGAACGUUAUCUCCUGAUACUCAAACACAUUCGUGAUCAAUUAGCUUAUGCUGCAAUUAAGAUCUCUGACAAUGACUUCAUGAUCUCUGCUCUUAAUGGUCUCCCUUAUGAAUAUGACAUGAUUAAGACGAUUCUUAUUGCUCGUGAUUCAUCAAUAGAUUUUCGAGCGCAGUUGUUGGUUGUUGAACAGACUACAGAAGCAUGA